GAAGGCUCAAUAUCGGAAAAUAUGAAAGGCAUCGCCGUUGGCCUCCAGAAAGGUCACGUGGUUUCCAAGCAUGAGCUCGCGGCACGCCCGGCUCGCCGCAAGGGGAGGCUUGGAAAGCGUGUAAAAAUGAUCCGGGAGCUCGUUCGCGAUGUGGUCGGCAACGCUCCAUAUGAGAAGCGGCUCAUGGAGCUAUUGAAGGUGGGCAGAGAUAAGCGAGCACUCAAGCUAGCAAAGAGAAAGCUCGGCACGCACAUUCGAGGCAAGAAGAAACGCGAAGAGAUGGGCAAUUUGUUGCGUAAAAUGUCUCGGAAGACCGCAUAAUGGAAGUCUUAGAAGUGGAUUCGGGGACUCAAGCUAAAAACUGCACUUAGUGUUGAAUUUCAACCAAACUUAAUUCGAGUUGGGCACUUUUUCAUUCCAAAAAGAAUUCUGCCGCUACUUCACAUUUGCGGCGAGCGAUUUAGAAUCAGUGCUCCCCGAAACAGUCGAUACUAACAAGGAUUUACACUUCCAGCUUAAUUCACUUUUAUACUUGGCUCACUGAUCAAUCAAAUCAGACUUAGUCACUGAGUAACUUGAAAACUUCGACGAAAUAAUCAGAGAUAUUUCAGUUCAAGUCAGCGCGCAUCCUGAAUUCUCUACUCCUGUCCUAUUUGAAUCAACCUUUCAUGAAUGUCGCGUCACCGAGAGGCAUCGACUCAGGCUGAUUCAGAGAAUGUCCGUUCAUUGCCUGGUGAACACAUUUCCAAGACAACCCAUUUCUUACUAGCUAGAGUACAGUACGGAAGUACGUUCGAAAAUAGUGUACACGUCCACGUACACGAACAGUUAUUUUCAAAAACUGCAUUGUUAUUCUAAGUUGAACUUCGUAU